GAGAGAGAGGGCGGGACUUUCCGUUACAUGGGUUCAGCGGUGAGAGAGAGGGCAGGAAUGUCAAUUACAGCGGAAAUUGAGGUAGACCGGGAUAACGCUUCAAUACCUAAUGCUCUCUCGUCCUUGUGCCUAAGAGGAUGCUGAGGCUUGGCAUUCCUCUGGCUCGUGCAUCAUUCAUCAGGGAACGUACGCUGGUCCGCGCGGACAGGCAGCCAUGGCGGCGCUCGUCGCUCCAUUCGAUGAUGAGCGGCAGGAUUCGUUCGUCUAUACGAUGGUUUCAGAUCACGAAAUUCGUAAAAGUGGCGUGAAGACGAAGGCAGAAGACGCUACGGGAGUCUUGGAGAGCCUCUCGGAACUACACAGAAGUAACCCUGGAGAUAUUUAUGGCAGCUCCAAGUCAAUGGAAAACCUUGUCAAAGAUGCUGAGGACAAGUUAUUUGUAUCCGUGUGCUUCCCAAAUGCUGAAAGAGAAUACGGCAGCGUCUCUCCCGCCUACGUAAUCACAGAGGACACGUGGUUGAGACAGGACGAGGUUUGGAACUCUCUGACUCAAAGCUAUGGCUGCGUAACACCCGUCGACUGGAAACGCUCCCGGACGUGCGCUCUUCACACACUCCCUCUCAAUCUGGGGCCAAGCCAAAGGAGGACUGAUGUAACCACAGAGCUGUCUGUCAGGGAGGAGGAGGAGGAGGAGGAGGAGGAGGAGGAGGAGGAGGAGGAGGCGGGGCUGAGGGAUCAGCUGGACAUGCACUCCAUUAUUGUCCCUUUCCUAAACCAGGAGCCUCUCUUCACAGCGGAGCAGGUGAUGGAGGAGCUAGAGGCGAUGAUGCAGGACUCUCUCGACCUGGAGGCCUCCUUAUCCUUGGAGGACCGCCGAGGCUCCGGUUACGAGGAGAGGCUAGGGGCCAUGUGUGUUGCCGAGCUGAACGAGCUCCUGCAGGAGACGGAGACCCACAUCCAGGCGUUCUCCGAGGAGCUGAUCCAGGAGCUGGCUCUGCGGGAGGAGCUGGACUUUGAGAAGGAGGUGAAGAACGGCUUCAUCGCCCUCCUCAUCGACGUGCAGAACAGGCAGAAGGAGCUCCGGGAGACGCUGAGGAGGAGGAAGAAGCUGAAGAACCCCCAGAGCCAGCCCGAGAGGACCCGUGGAGCACGUUUCAGCAUGGAGGGAUUUACCUCUGUGUUUCAAAACGGCUUCCGGCAAACUUUUGGUAGUGGAUGCAGUGAAACUCAGCAGUAUUUGACAACAUUAAUACCUUAUGAGAAAAGAGUUGGUCCUCCAUCAAUUGAAGACCUGCAAGUUUUGACCAACAUUCUUCAAGCUAUGAAGGAAAACAGUGACAAGGUGCCCAGUCUGCUGACAGACUACAUCCUCAAAGUUUGUGAAGGGACCCUGGAGUGUGCAUUUGAACGACCAAACAACUGCUGUGGAUGAACGAAUGAAUAAAUUCUAGCGAAUAUCUGAACGCAUGGUUUUCCAGGUAACUGCCAGAAGAACACCCUUUAUAUUAUUUUUGCAUUCAUUUCUUGUUGUUUUCCAUUCUCUUCUGUUUCAAUCCCUCCUCUAAUAAUAAACU